UCAUGGCAUCCUCCAGUGAUCCACUAAAUGAGGAGCUCCAGUGCUCCAUCUGUCUGGAUGUGUUCACUGAUCCAGUCACCACUCCAUGUGGACACAACUUCUGCAGAACCUGCCUGAACAAGUGCUGGACAAACACACAGACUUGUUGCUGUCCACUCUGUAAAGAAAAAUUUAGCAAUCACCUUGAUCUUGAAAUUAAUACAACCCUAAGAAAACUUGUGCAACACUUUAAGAAAGUCGAUCAAGAAAAAUCUGAAGUGUUCUGUGACUUCUGUGAUGAAAGAAAGCAGAAAGCCAUGAAGUCCUGCUUGACGUGUCAAAGCUCUUACUGUGAGACUCACCUGGAGCCUCAUCACAGAGUCCCACGUCUAAAGAAACACAAAUUGAUCAACGCUGUGAAAAAUCUGGAGGAUUAUAUAUGCCAGAAACAUGAGAGACCUCUGGAGCUGUUCUGCAGAGAUGAUCAGACGUGUGUGUGUCUGUCCUGCACUGAAGGAGACCACAGGAACCACAACACUGUUCCUAUAGAGGAGGAGAGUCAACAGAAGAAGUCUGAGCUACUUAAGAUGAUGGAAGAACAGCAGAAAGCAGCAGAGAAACAGGCUGAAGAUCUCAUUAAAGAGCUGCAGCAGGAAAUCACUGAUCUGAAGAGAAACACAGAGGAGGAGAAAUCAGGCAGUGUUGAGCUCUUCACAGAUCUGAUCCGCCCAAUUGAGAGACGUCAGUCUGAGCUACUUAAGAUGAUGGAAGAACAGCAGAAAGCAGCAGAGAAACAGGCUGAAGAUCUCAUUAAAGAGCUGCAGCAGGAAAUCACUGAUCUGAAGAGGAGAAACACUGAGCUGGAGCAGCUCUCACACACUGACGAUCAUCUGCACCUACUACAGGUGUACUCAUCCCUGUACAGCCUUUCACACACCAAGAACUGGAUUGAGAUCAGUACUGACUCUGAUGUGGACGUGUUCACUCUGAAAAGAGCUCUGACUCUCCUGAAGGAACAGCUAAAUGAAAAACUCAGUCAAACUGGAUUAAAAUGGGCACAGAAAUUUGCAGUGGAUGCGACUCUGGAUCCUGACACAGCGAAUCCAUAUCUCAUCCUGUCUAAUGAUGGAAAACAAGUCAGUGAAGGAGACAUUAAGCAGGACAUCCCAGAAAACCCAAAGAGAUUUGAUGUUGGUUUGUGUGUUCUGGCAAUGGAGGGAUUCAGUUCAGGGAGAUUUUACUAUGAGGUGCAGGUGAAGGGAAAGACUGAGUGGGAUUUAGGAGUGGCCAGAGAAUCCAUUAACAGGAAGGGGUUGUUCAGACUGAAUCCAGUGAAUGGAUUCUGGACUGUGGGUCUGAGGAAUGAUAAUCAGUAUAUAGCUUGUGAAAAUCCAUCUGUCUCUUUAUCUCUGAAAGUGAAACCUGAGAAGGUGGGAGUGUUUGUGGAUUAUGAGGAGGGUCUGGUCUCUUUUUAUGAUGUGGGCUCCAGAUCUCAUAUCUACUCUUUCACUGGUCAGACUUUCACUGACAAACUCUAUUCAUAUUUUAGUCCAGGCCAUAAUGAUGAAGGUAAAAACUCAAACCCACUGAUUAUCACACCUGUCAGUUAA